AUGAAUCAUUCUGCCCUGGAAAUUGACUCCUAUGACACCCACGAAGAGAGAAAGCUCUAUGUUAUCGAUUCUUUAAAUGACUUAAACAAAGUGAACCUCUCUCCUGCUGGAUCCCAGUGUGUGAUCUCUCAAGAAAAGAAAUUCAUAGGAGCUGCUGUUAACAUAGGGAAUGGAAUCAGAAACCGAAGCUUAUUCUUUGUGGGGUUGAUCAUUGCCUUGAUCGUCAGCUUGACCCUGGUUUCUUUUGUGAUAUUCUUACUAAUUCAAACUGGAAGCAAGAUGGAUGAAGUAUCGAGAAGAUUAACAGCUGAAGGAAAGGAUAUCGAUGAGCUCAAGAAAAUAAACAGCAUGAUAUUAAAUCGUCUCAACCAAUUGGACGCUAUUGAAAACUAAAGAAGUGAUGAGUAAAACAUCAA